UGCCGCCGCCGCCAUGCUCUGACGUCAGCAGAGCGCGCCAGAGCGGCCGCCGUGCCGCAGACGUCACAGGCUCGCGUCACACCGCACGUCAUCGCCAAGCCCCCACCGGCGGGAGGUGGGUCCGCGCGUGAUCGCGGGGCCGCCGGGCGGGCGCAGUGUUAUCCACACAGUGAAAUAUGACUGUCAGAAAAUUUCAGCCUCAUGGAUAAUAAUUUUAAUGCCAGGUGCCUAAAAACAGGUGCCUGUACCACCUGUUUCUGGACAGUUCCCUUGGAGGAGUGAAGAAUCAGAGUAAGUGAGGCCAAGACUCUUUCUGGCAGAGUAUUCCAUGAUACAGUGAGUUGUCUUCCCCUCUGUCAAAGUUCUCUCUUGCACUCUGAAGGGCUGUGCACAUUCUGAGUAGGCUCCCGAGUGCCAGUUCCUUAAUUUUGGGACCAUUUGACUUGUGUGGUCCCUUACACCCAGCACCUUCUACACUCGUUGUCUGGUUUCCCUUCUGCAAAGCUAUUUUCUGCUGGAAAAAAAAAAAAAAAAAAAAAAAAAAAAGGGUCUUUGAAGUAUCUGCUACCCAAACUCUUUUUAUUCUAAAACACAAGCUCUGAAGGCUGUUUUGAAAUCAAGUGUUUAUUGAACCCUGUGGGUCACAUGCGUGGUCACGGGUUUCUGAAAGAAUUGAUUCUUUGUUUUUCCUCAGAGCUGAGAUACUGGUGUGUGUGUGUGUGAACUGGGAACUUUGGACCUUUUGAAGAAACUCACUGGAUGGCUUUGGACUGUACACAAAGUCAGAGAUCCUAUCAGAAGCUGCCCUGCCCAUCCAGCAUGCUUCUCCUUGCUGUGGCGCUCCCUGGGGGUGGGGAGUUGGAACGGAUUCCAGUGUAGACAGCCAUACAGAUGCUCCUGAAAGCAGCCCACAGUUAAUCUAGUCCACCUCCAAUCCGUUUCCUCCUGGACUUGUCAGCUGUGCAGAGAUACUUCUGGAAAGGAACCUGCCGGGAAGGGAAGUUGCCUUUUCAUAUUGACUCAAGAGUGAACAAGAGGCAGAAACCACCUGGAUGGUCCACACCUGGCAUCACUGGGCUGAGGACACCAGUUGGGGACAGAGAACUGCUUCUAGGAAGAACACCAGAUGAAGAGGAUGAAGCCAUCUGGAGAGUAAAUGGCCACCACCACUCCCCCAGAGACAAAGUCAGCAGCGUGGUGGAACUACUUCUUCCUGUAUGACAGUUCCAAGGUAAAGGGAGAAGGAGACCCAACCAGAGCUGGCAUCUGCUACUUUUAUCCACCCCAGACCCUGUUAGACCAGCAGGAACUGCUCUGUGGCCAGCUUGCUGGAGUCGUGCGCUGCCUGUGGGACCUUUCUGGCACCCCGCCCAUGCUCAUCCGUAUGCGGAACCUCAAGUUUGCCAUCAGGGCAGAUGGGGACUACCUGUGGGCUCUGGGGUGUGGUAUGGAGAUCUCUGAUGCCAGCUGCAGGCAGUUUCUGGAUCAGCUCAUUGGAUUUUUUCAUUUCUACAUGGGCCCUGUCUCCCUGGCCUACAAGAGCCAUCCUCAGGAGGAGCUGAGCUUGCAGUGGGAUACCUCCAUCACACAAGUCCUCAGGAGCACCAGCGAAUCGCACAGGAUCUUCAAUGCCCUGUGGAACCUGGACCGCACCAAAGUGGAGCCCCUGCUGCUGCUGAAGGCGGCUCUCAUCUUACAGACCUGCCAACGCUCACCUCAUGUGUUAGCUGGCUGCAUCCUCUAUAAAGGACUGAUUGUGAAUUCCCAGCUCCUGCCUUCCCUCACUGCUAAGGUCCUGCUUCAUCAGACUGUACCUGCAGACCAGAGGCUGCCUGGAGCAGGAGCUGCCCCACAGGAAACAGGAGCAGCGUUGCCCCCGGAUGUGCAGAUCACCUCUGUUUUUCUGAGUGAGGAGGAAGUUGCCAGCCUCCACGAGUUCCCAGUAGAGCAUGAAGCUCGACUCCAGGGAAGUUCAGUUCCAUACCCUCCCUGGGAUCAAAGCAGCCCCACCCAGGCAGAAGAUGCCUGGGCAUCAGCCGCCAUCCCAGAGCCCACAUCACAUGAUGGAGCAUGGCCAAGUGGCAGUGGGGCAGAUGAACGCUUGCCUAGGCUUGAGCAGGAGUGUGCUGGGCCCACGGGACUGUGCACCACUGCCUGUGGCCAGGGCUCCGGCCUCAGCAGCAGGCUGCAGAAGGAGCUGUGUCUCUCCCGGGAGGAACUGGACUUGUCUGAAAUGCACGUUUCUGAGGCUCAGGAAGCCUUCCCACCUGUGCCUGCCCUGGAGACUCUCCACACCAGCCACAGUGCCCCCACUCUGCCUGAAGACACAGCCAUUUGCGGCUGCCUGAACCCUUCCCCUCUUGAGAGGCUCCCUGAGAGUGGAAGGCUAGGACAGCUAGCAGACCUGCCCCUCACCAAUGGCCAAACCCAGGUUCCUGGCACAGACCCUCUCCCCAGCAGCAUGCCUGUGGCAUUUCCUCCCCAGCAUCCUGUGGGUGUAGAGCCCACUGUGGAGCCCUACGGGAAUGGAGCCCAGGAGAGCCACUCAGCCCUGCCACGCAGUUCCCGCUCACCUGACUCUCAGGGCCCCAGCCCCUCUGCAGACAGAACUGGCUUCAAGCCAUCCCGAUCUGGGCACCACGCAGGGCUCGUGCCCAUGAACCUCUACACCCACAGUGUGAACGGACUGGUGCUGUCCCUCCUGGCCGAAGAGACUCUUUUCAGCGACACUGCAGCCAUCGAGGAGGUGUACCACAGCAGCCUGGCGUCGCUGAACGGGCUAGAAGUCCACCUGAAGGAGACACUGCCCAGAGACGAGGCUAGCCUCACCAGCAGCACAUACAACUUCCUGCAUUAUGACCGCAUCCAGAGCGUGCUCUCAGGCAACCUGCCCCUAGUGGCUGCUCCCCAGGACCGCCGGUUUCUGCAGGCCGUCAACCUCAUGCACUCCGACUUUGCCCUGCUGCCUAUGCUGUAUGAGAUGACCAUCAGGAACGCCUCCACAGCUGUGUACGCCUGCAGCAGCCCAGCCCAGGAGACCUACUUCCAGCAGUUGGCACCCACUGCCCGCAGCUCUGGCUUCCCGAACCCUCAGGAUUGCGCCUUCAGCCUCGCGGGCAAAGCCAAGCAGAAGCUGCUGAAGCACGGGGUAAACCUGCUGUGAGCUGGGUGCAGCCUGUGUGUCACGGGGGCUGUGGAGCGGCCCCUCUGGACCGUGUCCCCAAUGCUAACAGUUGAGCGGGCCCUUGCUCCUCAGUAGCAGCUGCAUGAACUGAGUGGGCUCAGGUUCUGUCCUGUGGAAGUGCCUUGAGGGCGGUGCAGAGCAGGCUGCAGACUCAGGAAUGCAGCGGCAGGAAUCUCUGCUGACCGUUUACUUGAGAUACCCAUGGUGCUUUGUAACCUUAUGGUGCCGAGUUCCAGGUUUAUGAAGCAGAUUCCCAAAGGCUCAAAAAUAAAAUGACCAAAGUGAG